AUGACUCUUCUUUUCUCAUGUAGCUCGUUUUUAGAAAAUGUUGGUCCAAUUACAUCUGAGGCCAGUGCUAAAAAGUCAGUCUCUGCUCAUCAAGUACUACAGGAAGUGAUGUCAUCCACAAAAAGCAGCAUCCAAGGUGAAGCAGAUGAGUCAGAGUUGGGAGAAGGGGAUGCUGAGAUUGAAGAUGAUGAAGCAAAGAAGUUAUCUAUGAAAACUAUCAAACAAGUAUUAGAAUUGCUGUGUGACGAAUCUGGUUUCUUAGUAGAAUCUAAACUGAAUAAACUACUACAACCUUUGGAAUCAGAUGAACGGUCCUUGAUGAAGCUGGAUGCUAUAUUUGCUGCUCUAGGAAUUGAAACAGAAGAAGAUAUCCAUAAGCUAGCUACCUAUUUCUUACAAUUCAAACAAGUGCAAACCAAAUCAGCUGAUAAGGCAGGUGAAGUUGAGGAUGAACUAGCACUCCAGGAAGGUACAUUAAAGCCUGAAUCAAGAGGUGAGGGAACACUGGUCAAAACAACUGGUACUGUUACAGAAGGACUAGACCAGAAACCACCAACAAAGGAAGUUGAGGGGGAUAUUGAUGAGCGGGAGGCUGAUGCAGAGGUUGCCAAGGUUACUGGUGAAGAAGAGGAAGUAGCAUCUGUAGCAUCCAGUUUGAAAUCCAUAGCAGACAGUUUGAUUCACCCCAAUGAUGUGUUGAAGGCACUUACAGAUUUUGUUCAGGAUCAUCAUUAUCCUUCCAAGGACAAAGGAAAAUACCAGACUUUUAAGAUCAUAUCUGGUGUUGAGAGAGAUGAUAGUGAGGAUGAAGCUUACUGGAAAAAAUAUGCAUCUGUUUUAACCUCCAAAGAUGAAAAAGUGUGGUCAGCUUUGCUGACAGGAUUUGAUAAAUACAGUGAGGUGUUAAAUAACAGAUCUAAAUUGAUAUCAGAGACAGAUGCUUUACGCCAACAGAAUGCUGAAUUACGUAUGCUAUUGCAUCAGUACAUCAACUCUAAGGUGAACAACGAAUUAGAGAUUCCACCAACGCGAGUCUUAAAUCUUGAAUUCAAUGGUUAAAUAUCUGCAAUUUGUAUUAUUUUAAUAAUACAGUUUCCAUGGUGUCCAUUUGUAUUUUAACUGCUAUGAUGUAAAUUUGAAAUUUAAAAAAUGAUAAUAUUGUACAUAGUGUUUUUAAAAUACUGGUAUGUAUGUUCAGUUUGAAUAAUAAAUUGAAUAAUUCU